AUGCGGCGGCUGGAAGCUGCACGCGCUCAGAAGGACGUGAGCGACUCCACCAAAACAGUCCGACAACAGGAGCUGCACAAGAGCCUGAGGAACCUGAACAACUUCUGCAGUCAGAUCGGUGACGAUCGACCAAUCAGCUUCUGCAACUUCAGCCCGGAUUCCAAGAUGCUGGCCACGGCUUCCUGGAGCGGGCUGUGUAAGCUGUGGUCCGUCCCCGACUGCAGCCUGGUCCGGACGCUCAGAGGUGGGUCAGCUCCUAUUGGCCAGAGCAGCCCCCCCCCCCCCCCCCUUACAGGGCACAACACAAACGUGGGAGCCAUCGUGUUCCGCCCUCAGGCCGGCGUGUCUCUGGACCAAUCGGACGUCAGCUUAGCCUACGAUGACUCGUGGCGGCUGUGGGACCUGGAGGUUAGGGUUAGGGUUAGGGCCCUAACCCUAACCCUAACCCUGUUUAGCUACGAUGACUCGUGGAGGCUGUGGGACCUGGAGGUCCAGGAGGAAAUCCUGCACUAG